AGAAAGAACCCCCAAAAACCCUAAAUGUGCCUGACUUGACACCAUAUCAGAGAGAAUAAAACUCUAAACACACAAGGAUCUGGCAUCCUUAACUGGCCGCUCAGUCAGUGGUUCUGCACAAUCUUUUGAGCAAGAGGUGAACAUGGACAAACGCUCGUCUACACUUUAUGUGUUGAUUGUAGCACUUUGUGCAUUGGUGCACUUUGGCACUGUUUUUUGCACAGCUACUUUGAGAAGUGGUGGCAUUUCAACAGCAAAGCCAGGAGUGUGCCCUGUCAGGUUCUAUAUACGUGCAGACUGUAAUGAAUCUUGCUCUAAAGAUAGUGACUGCCACGAUAAUGAGAAGUGCUGCUCCAACGGAUGUGGACAUGAGUGCAUGGCUCCAGUCAUAGUGAAGCCAGGAGUUUGUCCUCUCAGGCUUCCUGCAGCCUUUGGACCAUGUGUUGAAUCUUGCUCUACUGACAGUGACUGCCACGAUAAUGAGAAGUGCUGCUUCAAGGGAUGUGGACAUGAGUGCAUGGCUCCAGUCACAGUGAAGCCUGGAGUGUGUCCACUCAGGCAUCCCCCAGCCUUUGGACCCUGUGUUGAAUCUUGCUCUAAAGACAGUGACUGCCACAAUAAUGAGAAGUGCUGCUAUAACGGAUGUGGACAUGUAUGCAUGGCGCCCUACAUAGUGAAGCCAGGAGUGUGUCCUCUCAGACGCUUGGAUGACAGACGGUGUGCUGAAUCUUGCUCUAAUGACAAUGACUGCCCCAAUAAUGAGAAGUGCUGCUUCAGUGGAUGUGGUCAUCAGUGCAUAGAGCCCUACCUUGCAAAACCAGGAGAGUGUCCUCUCAUGAGGUCAGAGGUUGGACUGUGUGUUGAAUCUUGCUCUUAUGACAGUGACUGCCCCAAUAAUGAGAAGUGCUGCUCUAAUGGAUGUGGUCAUCAUUGCAUAGAGCCCUACCUGGUGCUUCCUCCAAAACCAGAAUGUCCACAGCAUCUUAAUUUUGCUCUGUCACGUAAGGGUUGUGAGGACUGUCCCACAGACCACAUAUGCUGUGUCUAUAAUGGUGAAGAAGUCUGUGUUCCCACUGUUUUCACAAAACCAGGAGUGUGUCCUCUCAUGCGGUCAGAGGUUGGACCGUGUGUUGCAUCUUGCUCUUAUGACAAUGACUGCCCCAAUAAUGAGAAGUGCUGCUCCAAUGGAUGUGGUCGCCAUUGCAUAGAGCCCUACCCGGUCUGGCCGGUGGCCAGAAGCGCCUUGUCUGAAGCGCCCUCACGUGUGCUGCCAUCAUGAUGGUCAGGGUCCAUGACAUCAGAAGUGCUGUGAUCACAUCUGCAGUGAGCUCUGCUGAUUAGAAAGUACCCAGUCACUCUAUAACAAAAAUCAUUAAACUUACUGUGACCAUCUCUGCAAAUCAAUCCAAAUCACUCUUUUCUUUUUUUUUUAAUGUGAUGAAGACUUUCUGUUUCUGAUGAUAAUCAUGUCUCUCUUGUUUUUUUGAAAACUUACAAAGAAAA